GAAAAAAAAAAAAAAAAAAACUACACGUUCAACAUGAGUCCCAGCGCGGGGCAACAGUCCGGCCCCGGAGGAUACACCUCGGACAGCGACAACAGUGUGGUCUCUCCCGGCGGCGGCCCUCUCGAUCCCUUCUCGCUUUCGCAGGGCGUUAGAGCACGCAAGUCAGAAUAUACCCGGCAAGAAAUGAUCCGGAUUAAAGUCGCUACAUGGAACGUCGCCGGUAUACACGGUGCAGAAGAAGACAUCGGGAAAUGGUUCGUGAAUAGCAAGGGGAUUAGUGAGGGUCUUUCGGGGGUACAAUUCUCGAACACUGGGAAGCCCGAGGCAUGGAACGAGAGAAAGAAUAGCGAUGCUGGUACAGGACGGAGAAGGUCGUCUACGGAUGCUUCGGACAGGCAACGGAGACACGGAUCCGUCGCUCCAUCGGCAGACUUUGAAUUUGAUGAUGUUGGGCUCUAUGCUCUUGGGUUGCAGGAGAUUGUUGAUAUCUCGUCUGCGACGGAGGCUUUGAGACCGUUUACUGACCCGGCACCGGCGAAUCGGUGGAAGACAGCGGUUCAGAAGGCCCUGCCGCCUGGGUACCAGCUUGUCGCUGAGACGCAGUUGCUUGGGCUGUUGCUUCUUAUCUAUGCGGCGCCUCGAGUCAUCAAUAAUAUAUCAGGCGUUAGUACUUCCAGCGUAGGCACUGGGUUGUUGGGAUACAUGGGCAACAAAGGUGCCGUGUCGACACGUGUGGUGCUUGGAGAGACUACGUCUUUGGUCUUGGUGAAUUCGCACUUGGCAGCUGGUUCGGAUAAAAGUAGCUUGGAGCGGCGGAAUUGGGAUGCCGCCCAGAUCAUCAGCCGUACGAAAUAUUCUCCCAUCGAUCUUGAGAAGGGUCCCCCGGAUUACAUCGGGAAAGAGGACUUUGCCUUCUGGUUUGGUGAUCUCAACUAUCGACUCGGGGAUAUCCCAGGAGGCGAUGUGCGCCAGGUCCUGUCUCGACACACGGACAAUGAAUAUGACAAACGACACCAGUCGACACGCACACUCGAUGACCGUCCUUCGUCUCCGCGCGUCAUUGUCGAGGAGGGGGAACAGGAUCCGCCAUUGAGCAGCGCAAGCAAAGGCCAUCCGGCGCUGUCGGAUAAAGAGAUUGACCCGCAUACUGACCCGGCUUCUCUUCAGACUACUAUUGCAUCUCUUCUCCCUCAUGACCAGCUUCGUAUACAACAACAGAAUGGAAAGGCCUUCCACGAGGGAUGGCGCGAAGGCGAUAUCACUUUCCUACCGACUUAUAAAUAUGACGUGGGUAGCGUGGCUAGAUUCGACUCGAGUGAGAAGCACAGAGGUCCCAGUUGGUGUGAUCGGAUCUUGUUCCGGACACGCGAGGACAAGCAGAGACAUGAGCGACUCGACCGCGAGCUCGCGGAGUCUCGAAAGAAGGAUGAAGAGAUGAAGGCUCGGGGCUUGGACAAAGCUGCAGCUGAUGAUAAUGUACUGUUCGAUUACGACCCGGAAGUCGAUGGUGCGGAUAGUGUCGAGGAAAGUGAACCAUCCAAAGAUAAGUCUGAUGAUGGUACGUCGUCGGAGUAUCAGCUUGAACGGGACGGCCCUAUUCGACUCGAAUACUACGUGUCGCACCAGGGCAUUCUGUCUUCUGAUCACAAGCCACUGGAUGCUGGUUUCACGCUUACUUUCGAAUCUGUGAUUCCGGAAUUGAGAGCUAAGGUACACCAAGAAGUCGUGCGAGAAUUGGACAAGGCCGAGAACGAAGCCCGCCCGGGCCUGACUGUCGUGGUGGAUAAAUAUGAAGAAGACAUCCGGAACGUUGAAGAAAAGGAAGACCCCAAUUCUCUGGACUUUGGCGGCAUAACGGUUGAUGUGCCUGUUACUCGUUCGUUGACUGUUGCCAACACCAGCAGCGUGCCGGCUACGUUCACAUUCGACAAGCCUGACCCCGAACAAAGGCAGUUUUUGUGGCUUGACUAUCGAAUCAGCCUACGAACAGAGCCUGAACACGAUGGUCAGAAGCCCAAAACACCUGAACGGGAAAAGAUCUUGGUCCCAGGCGAGGUUGCCAACAUCGAGGUCACGGCGCACGUACAGGAUCUUGAAACAAUCCGUCUGCUGAACCACGGGCUCGUUAGACUCGAGGAAAUCCUGGUCCUUCGUGUAGCAAACGGCCCAGACCAUUUCAUCUGUGUCUAUGGUCAAUGGCUACCCACGUGCUUUGGCCGUAGCGUGGUGGAUCUCACACGCAUGCCUGAAGCAGGCGCACGCAGCUUAGUCGCCCCGCAACCGCCGGAGCAGGCAAAGGACGAUAAUGGUGUUCGCCUCUCUGCGCCCCGCGAACUUUUCAGACUGACAGAGGCGAUUUCUGAACUCUCCGAACGCGCCGUUGCAGAAUGGGGCAUGAUACGAGGCGAUUUUGAAGACAGCACUCCACCAUGGAAGACAGAACCCUACGGACCAGGAUGGCCAUUCAAUCCAGAGACAUGGACACUGAAAGGCCGCGACGAGCGUGCACCACUACUAGCACGUGUCCGCGAAUCGCUGGACACCAACGGCUCCCUGAGCACCAUCUUCGAACCCGAAAUCUCCUCUCUCGAGCGCCUAGAAAUCCUCAGCGAAACCUUAAUGGUCUUCCUCCGCUCCCUAAACGACGGAAUCAUAACAGCAGACGUCUGGCAGAACAUGAACUCCCAAAUCCAAGCAAGAGAGAAAGCCAAAAAACCCCCCCUCUCCUGGGAAGAAACCCAAGCCUGGGUCCUCGAAAACCUAUCCUACUCCCCCGCCCACAGCGUCUCAUUUACCUUCGUCACCUUCAUGCUCGCGCGUAUCGCCAAUGAAGUCGCACCCGCGCUCUCCAUGCCACCGCCUCGCCCAUCCUCCCACCACCAACACUCCAAGAAAUCCUCUGAAGACAAAAAACGCCAACAACAAACACCCCGCGAAACAGAAGACCAGCAGGCCCAGAACUCCGCCCCGCCUCCGACCCCCGCCUCAUCGGCAGCGUUCAUUUCAGCAGGUUCUUUCCGUCGCCAGUCGCGCUCGUUCACCACCUCUUCCUCCUCGAGCUCCUCGACUGAUAGCGGUAAUGCCAAUGGGAACAUAGCGGCGCAUAGGCAGGCCGUUGAGACCGCGUUCGCAAGUAUGUUUGCGAAUAUGCUGAUUUCGGAGGACGUGCCUGCUCCAUCGAAGGAGAAGGAGAGGAGGGCAUUGGAUGGGCGGAAGAGGAGUGUUGUUGAGCCGUUUUUAAAAAUUAUUGGGGUGGAUAAUCAGGGGCCUUCCGGGGGUGGGUUUUAAUCCUUUAUCAAACCUUGCCUCUUUCUAUGGUUGAGUGGUGUUUUUUAUUAUCUAGACUAAGAUGGGAUAAAUGGAUGGAUGGAGGUGAUUUGUAUACGUAUCGUCGUCCGUGCUUUUUUGUCCCGUUUAGGAUCAAGAGUUUGUACGUGGUGUUCGGGUUAUAGAGUUAUGAUAGAUGGGAGAGCAUACGUUUAUGCGAAUAUGAUUGACGUUGGAUUGUUAUAUCGCAUUAGCGUAGUUAGUGGGAGCCCUGCGGGUGCUAGAGCUUGGUAAUACUAGCUAGGGCAAAUUUUACUAAAUAAGUUGAAUGAAUUGUUG